AUGUAUCUUGAAUGGUCUAAUAUUCUUAAAGAUUUAUCUCCAUCAUUUUGGGGUUAUUUAGGUAUAUUCUUCUCAUUAGGACUUUCAGUAUUUGGAGCUGCCACAGGAUUAAUGUUAUGUGGACCAUCAAUAAUGGGUGGUUCAGUGAAAUCACCAAGAAUUACAGUGAAGAAUUUAGUAUCUGUUAUAUUUUGUGAAGCGAUUGGUAUUUAUGGGUUAAUAGUUUCAGUACUUCUAAUGAAUAUCGCAUCAAGGUUUACAGGAGAAAAGGCACCUCUAAACCUAUUACUUGAUAAAGAAAUUACUAAACUAUAUUACAAUGAUUUGUUUAGAGGUUAUUCAAUGCUAGCCGUAGGCUUAAUUGUUGGAUUUUCAAACUUAUUCUGCGGUAUUUCUGUUGGAGUUGUUGGAAGUGCUUGUGCAUUAGCAGAUGCUCAGAAACCUCAAUUAUUUGUCAAGGUUCUUAUGGUUGAAAUUUUCGCUAGUGUUCUAGGACUUUUUGGUGUUAUUGUUGGUGUUAUUAUUGUAUCACUUGUACCCUAA